CCCUGCUCCCUGCUGGUGGAAGAGGAGGAGGGACCCAGCCUGAGGAAGGGGACGGAGCGGAGCGAGAAGCUGGCUCUGUACCUGGCCGAGGUGGAGAAGCAGGACAAAUACCUGCGGCACAAGGGCCGGUUCCGCUUCCACAUCAUCCCGGACGGCAACUGUCUGUAUCGCGCCGUCUGCAAGACCGUGUACGGGGACCAGCGGCUGCACAGCGACCUCCGAGAGCAGACCGUGCACUACAUCGCCGACCAUCUGCACCAUUUCAGCCCCAUCAUCGAGGGCGAUGUGGGCGAGUUUAUCAUCGGCGCCGCCCAGGACGGUGCCUGGGCUGGCUACCCUGAGCUCCUGGCCAUGGGGCAGAUGUUGAACAUAAACAUUCAUCUCACCACGGGCGGCAGGCCAGAGAGCCCCACCGUCUCCACCAUGGCCCACUACUUGGGCCCUGAGGACCCUUCCCGGCCUAGCAUCUGGCUGAGCUGGCUCAGCAAUGGGCAUUACGACGCUGUGCUGGACUGCGAGUGUCCCAACCCGGAGUAUGAGGCGUGGUGCAGGCAAACUCAGGUGCAGAGGAGGCGGGAUGAGGAGCUUGCCAAAUCCAUGGCUAUGUCGCUGUCUAAGAUGUAUAUCGAGCAGAAUACUUGCUCCUGAAACUGCCUAGCCCGUGGGAUUAGUGCCCUGCUCCAGGUUCAAGAGAGACCGUUUGCACCGGCCAUGGUGGUGAUGCCUUAAUCCUUCCUAAAGCAGCCAUGCCCCGGACUGAGGAGCUUCCCUACAAUAUUAAACUGGGGGGGAAGGAACAAAUCUGGUAUUUGUAAUAUUCUCCUGUAUAAAAUUAGCCCAUGAUAUUUGGAAAUAGAUUCUCCAUGUAUAUUUGUGGUUUUUUUCCAGUUCUCAGUUUUAUAGAAGAAUGUAUUUUUUGCACAUUAUUUUUUUUAAACUGUUACCUUCAUCUACUACAUCUUCUAUUGGCAUCUGGCUUUCAGCCAAAAAAGUUUGUAUGAGGUUUAUUUUGUAAAUAUAGUUUAAGGGUUUUUUUGGCUGUGGUUUGACCCAUACAAUUUCUACCAAAUGAAAUUGGUGUCAGCCAGAUUGAGUGGUAGGUGGACCACUUUCCUUGAUUGAAAGUUUGCUGCACUUUUAUGCAAACCAUGGUUUAGCUAAAGUUUAUUUGCUUUCCAGCAAAUAACUACUUCAAACAGUUGAAUUGAUUGCCUCAAGCACAGAACAAGUCUUAUAAGCCAGUUGGAAUGUAGUUGUUCAUGAAUGGUACAGGGAGCAAUUAUGAUUCUUCCAUAUUUAAUUACUGUUUAGAGUAAAUUGGCCUCUGGUUGAUUGGGUGAUUCACCCAUUGUUUCAUUUAUAUUUUAUUAAAUUUCUGUUAAAAUUGAAUGUAGAAUGUUGUGAUAAUUUAUAGCUUUGUUAAGAAUUGGCUGCACAUCAGUCUGAUUUUGAGUUACUUUUUUUCACAUGCCUUUCUCUCCCUCCCCCCCCCCCCUUGGCACUUGCAUUUUAAAUGCCCUUUUCUCUUGGCACCAGCUGUUAUCACAAUAUUUUACUUAUUUGAUGUUCUUUCUCAAUCAAGAAUAUAAUGCACUGUCCUAUAUUAUGUAAAAAGUAUUUAAACCAAGACUUGUAUGGUUUGCUGGGUCAAACAAUAAAUGUUUCCAACCUGAGUUAUCUUCUUUUAAAUCUCCUGUAAAUUUUAAUUUUAGACUUAUUUAUUAAGUAAUGCAGUUUGUACUUUUUUAUUUUGUGAAUUUUUUUGAAUUACUACAGUAUUUGUAUAAUAGGAAUAUUCUUAGCUAAAAUGGAAUGAAUAAAGUGUAUAAUUUUA